AGAUUGCAGGAGGCUGAAAGAAAAGUUAAAGAGAUGAGGAGGAGGAUCAAAUGACAGUUUGCUGUGUUGACUUCCAGUACUGAAGACUGUAAAUAGCUGAGAAGUGGAAUUAAUGACUCUGAAACUGAAACCCAUUUUAAAAGAUGUCAGGCAUUCGACCACCAAUCAUGAAUGGGCCCAUGCACCCACGCCCUUUGGUAGCACCGCUGGAUGGUCGUGAUUGUACCGUAGAAAUGCCGAUCCUGAAGGACGUAGCCACUGUGGCGUUUUGUGAUGCACAGUCUACACAAGAGAUCCAUGAAAAGGUACUAAAUGAAGCAGUGGGUGCCCUGAUGUAUCACACCAUCACUUUAACCCGUGAAGAUCUGGAGAAGUUUAAAGCACUUCGAAUAAUUGUUCGAAUUGGAAGUGGUUUUGAUAAUAUUGAUAUUAAAUCUGCUGGUGAUUUAGGGAUUGCAGUAUGUAAUGUUCCAGCUGCAUCAGUAGAAGAGACAGCAGACUCUACAAUGUGCCACAUCUUGAACCUGUACAGACGAACCACCUGGCUUCAUCAGGCCUUGCGAGAAGGCACAAGGGUGCAGAGUGUGGAGCAGAUCUGGGAAGUUGCUUCUGGGGCUGCAAGAAUCCGAGGGGAGACCCUAGGCAUUAUUGGGUUAGGACGAGUCGGUCAAGCAGUUGCUCUACGUGCAAAAGCCUUUGGCUUCAAUGUAAUUUUCUAUGACCCAUACCUCUCAGAUGGCAUGGAACGUGCUCUUGGACUUCAGCGGGUGAGCACUUUACAGGAUUUGCUGUUUCACAGUGACUGUGUCACCCUCCACUGCAGCCUGAAUGAACACAAUCAUCAUCUUAUUAAUGAUUUCACCAUUAAACAGAUGCGACAGGGAGCCUUCCUGGUGAACAUGGCUCGUGGAGGGCUAGUAGAUGAAAAAGCACUUGCACAAGCCCUGAAGGAAGGAAGGAUACGAGGGGCAGCGUUGGAUGUACACGAGUCAGAACCAUUCAGCUUCAGUCAGGGUCCUCUGAAGGAUGCACCAAAUCUGAUCUGUACUCCACAUGCUGCCUGGUACAGUGAACAAGCCUCAAUAGAGAUGCGGGAGGAAGCAGCCCGGGAGAUUCGGAAAGCUAUUACAGGUGCCAGCCGUAUUCUCCUAAGUGUUCUUUUACUGACUGUCUUAAUGUUGACAAGUUGUUUUUGCUUAUUAUAUUUGUUAUGUCACUGUUUUAUUAUUUUUUGUUAUUAGGAAAUUGUUUUUGCAAUUGUUUUUGAGAUGUAUUUUUGUUCCCCUUGCUGUAAG